AUGAGCAGACAAUGGCUGGAAGUUGAAGCUAGACCAAUACACACUGGAAAUAAGCCAGUUUCGAUCUCUGGUUUCUACCCCUUGCCCUGCUGGCGGGGCAUUGUGCGGCAUCCGUUGCAGGCCACCUGGGUGCAGGAGAUCAAGGAGGGUGAAGGGAGGAGCAACCCUGAGCAUCUGCCAUCCAGCUCCAUCCGAUCUAGAGCAAGCCUCUGCUUACACCUCUGGUUCUGGAGACGAGUUGCUGGAAUUUUGAUUGCCGUUCCUGUGAUUUUACUCUUGAUCUGGUUUAGCUGGAGUUCUCCCAUAUUGCCUCACCUGGAGCUGUGCCGUGAUGACUGGCUAUACUACAGAAAGAAAUGUUAUUACCUCUCAGAAGAUCAAGCAGACUGGGACUCCAGUCAGCGCUUCUGCUCUGCACAUGGGGCUUCUCUUGCUAUGAUUGAAAGCCAACAAGAAAUGAAUUUCAUAAUGAAUCGAAUGCGCACAAGAGACUCUUGGAUUGGGCUGCGCAAGAAAGGAGCCAAGUUCUACUGGGUGAAUGGAGAGACACUUAAUACGAGUCUAUUUCCUGUAUACCUAUCAGGUCAUGAAGAAUGUGCCCACACAGAUUCAAUCUCCAUUUCCACAUCAGAGUGCAGGUUACUCAGGAACUGGCUCUGCAGUGUGGGUCUGCCUUCGUCCAGCACACUUUCUCCAUAGAACACAGCUUGGAGACUGUUUGUUGCAGUGACAGUGUCUUUACUGGUUUGUUGAGGUGCCUCAUACAUCAUGAACAAAAUAAAUGUUAAUUUAAAAUGU